AUGGACCACCUUGAAAUUGAUUCAGCAUCACCAUUCUAUAAAUUCUUGGACAAACUCCUGGCCCUGAUGCAUAAUUCUUGUACACAGAGAGAAAAGAAAGAAUACAUAGCAGUGACAAGAUUAUUGAAGAUGAAGAAGCUGUCUUUCUUCAUGAUUAUGGUGGUGGUGGUGAUGUUAUUUGCUGAAUCACAAGUUUCACAAGCAGUGACAUGUAACCCGAGGCAGUUGAGCCCAUGCCUAGGAGCAAUCACGUCCUCUGCACCACCAUCUGCCACUUGCUGCAGCAAGCUGAAGGAGCAGAAGCCUUGUCUUUGUGGAUACCUUAAGGAUCCAAGCCUCAAGCAGUUUGUUUCAUCUCCUGGUGCUAGAAAGGUUGCUAGUGCUUGUGGUGUUCUCUACCCUACUUGCUAA